UGUAACGAAGCAAGGGCAGUGGCGUUAUUAUAUAAGGCAGGACAGGACAAGAACACUACAACAAAGCCCAGCAACGGAGCGUCGCCUGGACUUGUAAUUCUGCGUCUCUACCAGAGGUUGACAGGCGUAAUGACUGAUCAGUCACACGUCUGCGGUUCCUGAUGCAUGUCGCUUAACAUGUCAGAGCUCCUUCAAAUCCCACAGUUUAGCUUUUCAAAUAUUUCUUCGCCGGCGGAUUACCCAUGCAACACUUUCUGAGGUUGCAGAUGAUAUUGAUUACAUGCGGACAAACUUUUAGGAGCUCCUAAGUCGCAGUUUCUGAACUCGGUGGUGCCAGUAAACUUCCAGCGUAAACAUUGUGCUUCUCAGCUGCGUGUGAGCGCUUUGCGAGAUGGAGUGGAAGAACGCGUGUCGCCUGCUUCUUUUCCCACUUCAAAUGCUUUAUUAUAUAGUAAGAGCAAGUUUGUGUUCGCUGCUGCCAGGCACAAGGAAGGACCUGACCACGGAGGUGGUGUUGAUCACCGGUGGGGGACGAGGCAUCGGACGUCACCUGGCCAAAGAAUUUGCUAAGCAGGGAGCCAGAAAGGUGAUCUUGUGGGGCCGAACAGAGAAGUGUCUCAAAGAAACGGCUGAAGAGAUCUCUCUCUCAGGAACAGAGUGCCAUUACUUCCUGUGUGAUGUGGCCAACCGGGAGGAAGUUUACAAGCAAGCCAAGGUGGUUAGAGAAAAGGUGGGAGAUGUUACGAUAUUAGUGAACAACGCAGCUGUAGUCCACGGCAAAAGUCUGAUGGACAGUGAUGACGACUCCCUUCUGAAAUCCCAACAUAUCAACACCAUGGGACAGUUCUGGACUACAAAAGCCUUUUUGCCUCGAAUGCUGGAGCUGCAGCAUGGCCAUGUAGUGUGCAUAAACUCCAUCCUGUCCCAGUCUCCUAUUCCUGGGGCCAUAGACUACUGCACGUCCAAGGCCUCAUCGCUGGCCUUCAUGGAGAGCCUGACACUGGGCCUGCUGGACUGUCCUGGUGUUGGCUGCACCACAGUACUUCCCUUCCACACCAAUACAGAGAUGUUCCAGGGCAUGAGAGUCAGGUUUCCCCACCUCUUUCCACCUCUCAAGCCUGAGGUAGUUGCCCAGAGGACUGUGGAUGCAGUCAGGGCUGAAAAGGCCUUUCUCUACCUGCCCUGGACUAUGCAUAUCCUUGUCAUUCUAAAAAGCUUCAUGCCACAAGUUGCACUUGAAGAAAUCCACAAGUUUUCUGGGACUUACACCUGCAUGAACACGUUCAAAGGGAGAACGUGAACUUGGAUUUCACAAAACGGGAGAAUGACCUCAACAGCGUUGGGGUAUACUGAAGGAAAUAUGGACCUUACGAUGUCUGGAAAUGGGCGAGGCCCUAUGACAGUGUGAGGACAAAUACUUAGGGGACUGUCACGGUGGGGUUGCCUCUGCCAGUAGAAUUACCUGAUAAACUGCAGGAUACAUCCUGGUCCCAUUUGUAUAUGUUUAAGUGCAUAUGUAUAUAGUACAGAGGACUGAAUGCCAUUCUUAAUUUGAACAGAAGCCAUGCAUAGUCCUGUACCAGUAGUUAUUCCAGGUUUUUCUGACACUAGCUUUAGUCUGUUUUUACACUUGAUUUUUUUUUUUUUUUAAAUCUGCUUGUUAAUGUCUUUGAAUCAGAACAAGGUAAUAAAAUGGAGUUUUAGAAUCAAA